CAAACAAAGUUGAACGCAGCUUCCACCUUUGUCUUAGCUUUGAGAAUCUUCACUAAAUACAGAGAAAUCAGAAUAAUUGAAGAAGAAAACUAACAGUGGAGAAUGGAGAUCUGGGUGAGAUGAUAUAGAUUUGAUUCGGGAAUGUUAGCUUUCUCGAAGUAUAGCAAACUAUUGGAGGUACUUUAGGCUCGAUGGAGAUCCACCCAAAUUUGGAGGUAUGGAAAACGUGGUUACCUUAAACCCGAAAAACAUCCCGUAUUUGUUUAUGGGAGUCAAAUUCUCAUUGUAUAAGGUUUGGGAGGUACUUUAUAUAAUCAAUCAUUUCUCUGUCCCUUUCUCUAUUAUUGUCGCUUUCUUCUUUUUUGAGAUAAACCCCAAUAUGAUAAUGUUUUAGGAAUGGUUGGGAAGUGAAAAUUCCCAAAUCAAUGCGAUUAAGGAUUCUUGUUUUGUUUAGUUGUUGUUGGUUUGCUAUUUAUUCUCAAAUCAAGUGUGGGAAGUGCAAGAAAAAAGAAACCAGGCUGCCAAUCUCAAUGAUGACCACUUACAACUGAGCAAAACACACCUCAUGAUCAGCCUCCAACUGAGCCACCGCAGCCCACUCAAUAGUCGAAAAUUGCAGAUAUAGACCAUGUUGCCACUCAAGCAUUAUCUGCGCCAAACUUGAACAAUGACGAUAACAACGCCUCAGCUGACAAUGUGAAUGUCAAUAUGAAUGCCAACGUAAAUGUCACUAUGAAUGAAGAUUCUAGAGCUGAUAAUGAAAAUUUUAUGCCAUCUCAAGAAAACAAUGAGGUGGAGCCAACUCAGGAAGCAUCUGCAUCACCUAUAACUUCAAAAAAAAGAUACAAGAAGCUUUCUAGGAGGAUGAAGCGAUGCAAAUCAACAAAAAAUGCUGAAAUAGCUACAAGUAGCAGUCAAGAUGUUGAUUUGAGAAAGAAAUCCUCAACAAAAAGGCGAAGGCUGGAACACAACUGCAAAGAAAGAGUUGCCAGCUUCCCCUUUAUUUACAAGAAAAAGAGAGCGAGAAGAAGCAGGAUGAUUGGAUUGGAGGCCUUGGCCAAUGUUGCUGAGCUCCACCACAAGAUGUCAACAGAGAGCUUGAAGGCUACUGCCACCACCUCGCCCUCAUUUCAAACACAGCCUACCGUUAAAGAGAGUGUGGUUCCUCUUCCGGUUGAACAAGUUAAACAUAACGUCUCUUUAAUCUCAGAACCGUCUGAUGCUGACCUAGUUGAUUUUCGAGGUUUGGCAGUGCUCCCAAGACCUUAUGUUUCAUUACUUGAGAAGGCCUGCAUUUGUCAUCCUAAUCUAGCCAUAUGCUCAAAGAAAUCCUUGAGAUGGCGUGAGUUUGCUUAUAAGAUAUUAGGGGAGCUUCUGUUUUUCCUAACUUCGACAAGACGGAUAGAAAUGACACACAAGGCUUACAAGCAACUUGAAGAACUCUGGGAGGAUGCUAAAUGCUUGGGAUUUGAUUUGUCUUGGUUAGCUCCUAUUAUUGAUUCUGAACUAGACUCGUGUUCUAACUUAGAAAGGAUUUGCUUGCUGGAAACAGAGAAGGAGAUUUUGAAGGAGCGUCGGAAUACCCUAUGUUGCCAACUGACGACCCUUACAAUGCAACUGUGUGAAACCAAGAAAGAGCUGGCUGAUUUGCGAAAGGUAAUUAGAUUUUUCAAGGAAGAUGCAGCAUCCACUGAGAAUGAGUAUCUGUAUACUGACUUGUGA